ACAAUUGUAACAAUCAGACUCCAACCGAAUCGCAUAAUCCAAUGAGAGGGUCCGAGUGACCCAGGCCGAGGUCCGCCGCUUCUCCGAUGCUAUCGUCGACGCCCUCGUCUACGACAUCCCAGCAGCACUACCUCAUGUAUGACGAGGACAACACUACGGCGGACCACAAGAUAAACGAUGACCGCAUGAUACUCAGCGCUAGCGCGGCCACGGAAAAUUUAAUGGCCAGCAGCAGUGGAAGCGGUAGCAGCAGCGCUGGCGCUGGUAGCGUCGGUGCCGGUACUAAUACUGGAGGCAGUUUCGGUAUGGGUAUCGGUAUGAAUAGUGGAGCGACUGCUGGCCACGGUGGGAGACUUCCUGGUUAUUGGCAACAUGCAGCCACUUCCGCUGCUGGGUACUGGUCGACUUUAUUCGACUCCUGGACUAAUAAUUCCAUCGCGACUGGGUCACAGUCAUUGUCCCUCACGUGGGAUGAUAAUCGCAAUCAGUGAUUACUGGUUAUUAUUAUUAUUAUUUUACUAUACGAAUAUUUUUAUCAAUUUUUUUUAAUUGUUGCAUCUAUUUUUUAUUUUAUUGAAUUUGUUUUUUUUUUAACUGCAAUCAGAAUUUGAGAUUAUUUAGACCAAAGUUUUGUGCAAUAAUUGAAAUUAUCGAAUUAAUCUUAGAUGAUUUAUUGCAAUUGGUAAAAGUAAUUCGUGUAAUUGUAAUCAGUAAUUUAAUAAUAUUUUGUAGAUAUUUGUAUAGUAAAUAUUAAUUGUACGAACUCGUUAAUCUAAUCGAAUUAAAUUAAAAUAUAAAUUGUAUAACAUUUAAAUGAUGAUAAUGAUAAUGAUAACAUAAUUCAGCAAAUACCAAAAAAAUUAUAAUGAUUUAAACAAAUAAAAAAUGAAUGUUAAUUAAAUAAAAUAGUAGAUUGAGUAAAAGUAUAAUAUAAGUUUUUUUUUUUUUGGCAUUUAUCGAUGGAAUGAAUUCCAUCGACACAGUGCCGUGUACAGAGUAUGAGGAUCGUUAAUCAAUAAUAUUGUACGUUAUAUAAAUAUUGAAAUAGUUUGUAGAUGUAAACGAUAUUCGGUAUACUUAAAAAAAUAAAAAGCUAAAAUAAAUUAUAAAUAUAUAAAUAUAUAUAUAUUUUUUUUGUGAUACUUUAAAAUAAAUUUCACGUCUUGCUACUGAUAAAUAAGGAAGCGAGUGUAAGUUGAAGUGAGUAAUUUUAAAGUGUGAUGAAAAAAAUAAAAAAGUAAACAAAUAUUAUGAAAUUGUAACGCGAUCCAAUAAAUAGAAUUGUAUAGUGUCUAAGUAAAAAUUUAAGCGACCGCUAUUUUGUAUGAAUCCCCGGACGUACGAAUAUAUAAGUCGAAUGAAAUGAAAUAAAUUCACAUAUCCUGAAAUAAAUGUGUGGGAAUUAAAAUAAAUAAAUAAAUAAUUAUCAUUUAAAUGACAUUAUCAUCUUCCCUCAUUUGUGUGUACGUUUCUUGGUCGAAUGCUGAUUUUUAUUUAGUAUUCGAUUAUAGACACCGUUUGUAAUCUAGUCACAAUAAAAACCAAUUCUAUUCUA